AUGCUUUUCCUACUGAGCGACAGAGCAGACGGUCUCUCCCUCGUUGACUUCACCUCUGGUGCCUCUCCUGCCCCUGCUGCUGAUGCUGACGCCACUGUUCGCUCACAGUGGGCCACGCGCGAUGCUGCUGCCCGCCUUGCUGUGCGCCGCCACUUGCCGACCACUGAGCGUGCGCACUUUAGCCAGUACAAGAGUGCUAAGACCUUGUACGACGCUGUAGUUGCUCGCUACUCUUCCCCUGCCACUGCUGCGCUUAGCCGCCUCAUCCUACCGUACCUCUUCCCUGACCUCGCCGCUUUUCCCACUGUCGCUGACCUCAUUACGCACCUUCGCACUAGUGACACUCGCUAUCGCACUGCGCUUCCUGCUGAGUUCUGCGCCAAGAACCCCCCCCCAAUGUACAUCACCCUCUACUACAUAGUCACCCGGCUCCCUGACACCCUUCGCCCGGUUAGGGACCACUUCCUCUCUGUUUGCCCCACCACCCUCACCGUUGACCUCCUCGAGGAGCGCCUUCUAGCGGCAGAGAAGAGCAUAGUCGCUGUAGCGGGAGACGCCGCCCUGGCAAGGGCAAGGGGGGCAAGGGUGCUGGAGGGGCUGGAGGGGGCGGUGGAGGCGGAGGUGGAGGUGGUGGAGGGGGUGGGGGUGGUGGUGGUAGUGGUGGCGGGGGUGGGGGCGUCGGUGGCGGGACUGGAGGUGGAGGUGGAGGCGGCGGUGGCGGUGGGAGCGGAGGUGGCGGAGGUGGCGGUACUGGAGGAGGUAGCGGCGGAGGCGGUGGAGCUGGUCGGGGUGGCGCUGCGCAGAGGGUUGGCUCCGGUGGUGCUUCGUGAGUGGUACGCUGCUCGUCAGCGGGGCGGGGGUGCUGGCCCCUGUACCUACGUUCUCCGUACCGGCGACCGGGCGGGUGAGCAGUGUGGGGGCGCGCACUCCACCCAGCGCUGCUUCGGCCGUCUGACGGACGCGUGGCGCCACCAGUUCCCCGACGCUACUGAGAUCCCUCGCUGGGGCGAGCUGUCUAGGGCGGGUGUUGCGAUCUAUGAUCUUGAUUAUGAUGCUAUUCUUGCUGCCAUGUAUGCUGUGACUAUUAGUGAUGAGGGUGACUGUUACCGGUGUUUUCCGCCUGACCCAGGCAUAGCAGCUGCUGCGCUUGGUACUUGUGAGGCUGCUGCUCUAGGUGCCAGUGCGUCUGCCGCCCCAGGUGCCGGUGAGUUUGCGCUCUCAGGUGCUGCGUCGUCACCGGACACCCACACCUUCACCCUUGACUCGGGUGCUUCCCGCUCCUUCUUUCGAGACUGCACCACUCUCACGCCGCUCAGUCGGCCUGUUGCAGUCUCCCUGGCAGACCCCUCUGGGGGUCCUGUCCUUGCCCACUACUCCACUGUCCUACCGUGUCCAGCGGUCCCGUCUGGCUCCCUGUCGGGUCUUUACCUCCCCUCGUUCUCUACGAACUUGGUGGCGGGUGCUGACCUCCAGGAUGCAGGAGUUGACCAGUUCACCCCUGCGCGUCAGCGGGUGACCCACUGCACGUGUGCGGACACGGGCCGACACUUGGCCACGUUUGCCCGUCGGCCGGGGUCGAGCCUGUACACACUGACUACUAGGUCUCCUCCAGUCACUGGGUCCGCUCAGGUAGCAGCGUCGGGUCAGGUGUUUGCUGCGGCGUCCAGGUCUGGUCCUGAGUCUGCCCCCUGCUCGUGUCGUCUCCUGUCCCACCAGACUCUUCUUUGGCACCACCGUCUUGGUCACCCCUCCCUGCCUCGUCUUCGAGGCAUGGCUUCCCGUCUUCUUGUCUCUGGCCUCCCCCGGUCCCUCCCUCCUCUUCCUCCGGGGCCUGCCCCCACCUGCGUUCCCUGCGUCGAGGGGCGGCAGCGCGCUGCCCCUCACUCCUCCGAGUUUCCUCCGACAGAGGCUCCACUGCAGACGCUUCACAUGGACGUGUGGGGCCCAGCCCGCGUCCGUGGCCAGGGUCAGGAGCGUUACUUCCUGCUGGUGGUUGACGACUACUCGCGUUACACCGCACUCGUCUCCAACUCAGCACAGGAGAGUUUCGGCUCCGACUUUCCUGUUCGGCGUCUGCACUCCGACAGAGGCGGAGAGUUCUCCUCUGACCUUCUGCGGGCCUUCUGUCGUGCACGAGGCAUCCGCCAGACCUUCACGCUUCCGGACUCUCCACAGCAGAAUGGGAUUGCUGAGCGCUGCAUUGGCAUGAUCAUGGACGUCGCUCGUACGUCCAUGAUCCAUGCGGCUGCCCCCCAUUUUCUGUGGCCGUUUGCGGUUCGGUACGCGGCGCAUCAGAUCAACCUUCAGCCCAGGGUCUCCAUGCCGGAGACCUCCCCAUCUCUGCUGUGGACGGGGAAGGUUGGCGAUGCGUCUGCGUUCCGUGUCUGGGGAUCUCGGGCGUUUGUCCGCGACUUGUCUGCGGACAAGCUGUCCCCUCGUGCUGUUCCCUGCGUCUUCCUUGGCUUCCCCCCUGACGCGCCAGGCUGGCAGUUCUACCACCCCACCUCGCGCCGUGUUCUGUCCUCCCAGGACGUCACCUUUGACGAGUCGGUUCCCUACUACCGUCUCUUCCCCUACCGCACUGCGUCCCUCCCUCCCCCGCCGCUCUUCCUUGUGCCAGGUCCCCCCCCGGUAGACCCCCUCCCCCCUCAGGGUCCUGCCCCCUCAGGUGUGUCCCAGGUAGACGCAGUCGAGCCUGUUGAGGUAGCUGUUGACUCUGGUGCUGCUGGUGGUGCUGAGCCUGGGGGUGCUGGGUCUGGGGGUGCUGAGCCUGGGGGUGCUGAGCUUGGGGGUGCUGAGUCUGGGGGUGCUGAGCCUGGGGGUGCUACGACUGGGGGUGCUGAGCCUGGGGGUGCUACGACUGGGGGUGCUGAGCCUGGGGGUGCUGAGCCUGGGGGUGCUACGACUGGGGGUGCUGAGCCUAGGGGUACUACGCCUGGAGGUGCGGAGCCUGAGGGUGCUGAGCCUGCUUGUGUGGCGUCUGACCAUACUGGGCCUGGAGGUUCUCCGGGUGCUUCGACUCGGCGGGAGCUCCUCUCUCCACAGGAGCUGCGUGAGUGGUUUGCCCGGCGCUGGAGGCGUGCUGCUGGAGCUGGCGGUGCUACGGACGCUGGUGGGUCUGCUGCUGCUGAGGGUGCUGGUGCAGAGGGUCCCAGAGGUGCUCGUACAGGGUGUACUGGAGCUGCUGGGCCUACGGGUGCUCCUCCUGCUGGAGCUGGUGGUGCUCCUAGCGUUGGUGCUGCUGUUGCUCCUGGAGCUGGACCUGCUGCGUCUUCUGGUGGUCUGUCUGGAGCUGGAGCUAUUGGGGGUGUUGGCAGUGGCGGUGCUACUGGCGCUGGUGCUUCUGGGGGUGCUGGAGUUGGCGCUGCUGGAGCUGGGGGUACUCCUGGUGCUGGUGCUGCCGUUGGGGGUGCUGGUGCUGUUCCUGCUGGCACUGGUGGAGCUGCGCGGCCACGGCCGUACUUCGUUCCGCUCCUUGAGCAGGUUCUUGGUCUUCCGUCCUCUCUUGGUCCUGCUCCUGGCUUAGAGUGUCCGCCUCCUGUCCAGUCUGAGUCACAGUUACAGCCAGCCUCCCCGCUUCCUUCUCCUUCUCCCUACACUGGUCCUACUGGAGGUCUUGCUGAGCGUCGUGAGCCUGCGUCUCGCCCUGCGUCGCCUGUCCGUGCUGCUCGCACUAGUGGUCGUGGUUCGCGUCAGCGUCCUCCCCCUGUCCCCGGCACGCACCGGAUGUCUCUGCGUCCUUCCACUGCUCCACUGCGUGCCCCUUUGCCUUCUCCUCCCGCGUCCUCUCUUCCUGCACUUCCUGACCCGGAGUCGGACUCCCUUCGUGCUGCGCGUCCUACUGUCACGCGUCUCCUUGCUACUGUCGUCACUGACCCUUCCUUUGAGUCUACUGCUGCGUCUGCCCUAGUUGCUGAGCUUGUCGACUUCGCUGCUCGCUGUCGCCUAGACUACGCUGCCAGUCUCGUCGCUGAGUCUGAGUCUGUCUGUCCUCCGUACGUCGGGGGUGAGUGUGCUCUUGGCACGGACGUCCUUGAGGACAGGCAGGAGGAGUUCCAGUGCUUGGCUGCUGCUUCACCUCAUCUCGUGUCCAUGCUGCUUGCCCCUGAGGGAGACCCGGAUGCACUUGACAUCCCGACUCCGCGCUCUUACGCGGAGGCGAUAGAGGGUCCCUACUCCUCUCAGUGGCAGGCAGCCAUGGACGCAGAGAUGGCUUCCUGGAAGUCCACAGGCACCUACGUUGACGAGGUUCCCCCGCCUGGGGCGAACAUCGUCAGUGGCAUGUGGAUUUUCAGGGUGAAGCGGCCGCCGGGUUCUCCGCCUGUCUUCAAGGCGCGUUACGUGGCUCGUGGCUUCAGUCAGCGGCAGGGAGUUGACUACUUUCAGACCUUCUCUCCCACCCCGAAGAUGACUACUCUUCGGGUACUGCUGCACAUAGCCGCUCACCGAGACUACGAGCUGCACUCUCUUGACUUCAGCACUGCUUUCUUGCAGGGCAGCCUGCACGAGGAGAUCUGGCUGCGCCGCCCACCUGGCUUCACUGGGACUUUUCCUCCUGGCACCCAGUGGAGCCUCCGGCGGCCAGUCUACGGUCUCCGCCAGGCGCCUCGUGAGUGGCACGACACACUGAGGACUACACUUGCGGCUCUUGGGUUUGCUCCUUCUACUGCCGACCCGUCGCUGUUUCUGCGCACCGACUCUUCCUUGCCGCCGUUCUACAUCCUCGUGUACGUCGACGACUUGGUCUUUGCUACAGCUGACACUGUUGGACUUGCCUACGUGAAGUCCGAGCUGCAGAAGAGACACACGUGCACAGACCUGGGUGAACUGCGCAGCUACCUUGGCUUGCAGAUCACCUGGGACAGAGCACAGCGCACCAUUACCCUGACUCAGUCACACAUGGUGCAGCAGGUCCUUCAGCGCUUCGGCUUCACGUACUCCUCGCCUCAGGCCACUCCUCUGCCUACUCGCCACUCGCUCUCAGCUCUGCCUUCGGAUGAGUCCGUAGAGUCGAAUGGCCCGUACCCAGAGCUUGUUGGCUGCCUCAUGUACCUGAUGACCUGCACUCGACCUGACCUAGCAUACCCUCUUAGCAUUCUGGCACGCUAUGUUGCUCCUGGGAGACACAGACCAGAGCACAUGGCUGCAGCGAAGAGGGUGUUGCGCUACUUGUGCAGUACGUCGGGUAUGGGGCUUGUGCUUGGAGGGCAGAGUCCAGUGGUCCUCACUGGUCACGCAGACGCUUCUUGGGCAGACGACCAGGCUACGCAGCGGUCGUCACAGGGUUACACCUUCAGCCUUGGGGCCAUGGCUGCACAGGAGUUACGCUGGCUCACCUACCUGCUGACUGACCUCGGAGAGCCGCCUCGUUCUCCUCCAGUGCUGUACGUAGACAACAAGGCCAUGCUGGCCUUGUGUCGGGAGCACAGACUGGAGCACAGAACGAAGCACAUCGCUCUUCGCUACUUCCUUGCUCGUGAGCUGCAGCAGCGUGGUCAGCUGCGCCUUGCUUACGUGGCCUCUGAGGCCAACACUGCUGAUAUCUUCACUAAGGCACUCGCGCCUUGUGAUCAUCAGCGCUUCUGUACUCUGUUAGGUCUUGUGCCUACCUUGCCUCACUUGCUUACUUCUUGA